AGGGCAAGGGAAGGGAAGGGCCGGGCCGGGCCGGGGGUCGGGCACCGCGUCCUGAUGUGCGGGCUGGGCGGCGGGAGGAGGACGUCCGGCAGCACGGCCGGGGCCCGAGCUCGAGCUCGGGGGUUUAAGGGCAGAAAUCGAAGUGUCUGCUUCUUCUGCUGUCGCGCUCGAAGCUACGGGAUGGAAGGGGAGGGGCUGCGGUCCCCUGUGAGCUGGUGCCACAAGUGCGGAGGCGCCGAGCGUUCCGUGCUCCUGCCGCAGGGCCGCUCGCUGGCGGCGAUGUGAGAUGUGAGCCCUCGGCGGGGCGGGCGGGGUGAGGGCCUUGUCCUCCAGAGGGGACACAGGCAUUAAGUGACAUUCACUUGUGAGCCCGACGGAGGAUCCAUCUGCGUGCACUGACUCACACAGGAGCACUGAGGCCUCGGUGCUUUCCCCAGUUAACGCAAAAAUCAGGGGGAUGUGAGAAGUGAGAGCUGCCUGCCCCGUUCUAGCACCUGCACCUUGGUGCCGUUUGGUACUGUGUGAAAUAGUUGAUGUUCUUUUGAAGAUGAGGUUACCAUUAGAAACAACUCUGAAAUUAAGAGUGAGCGGAAGCAAGCUCUCCUUUGUUUGCUGUGUUCGAAGACAUUGUGUCACACGUGAAUUAAGAUUGGUAAAAUCAAUUUCUUUUUCAGUCUCUCCCAGAGCUAGUUCUUGAGUUCACACUGUCCUGAGUGAGCCAAGAUUGCCGUCGUUAAAGAAAACACAUCAUGACCUCCAGUUUUCCUUUUGCAGUAGCGACCCGGCAGGGGGAUGGUUAUCACUGUAAAAUAGCUUUUCCCAGGAGACGAAUUUGACCUGGAGGCACAACGGCUCAUACUUCUGAGGGGAAGGGAGCCACCUCUGUAAGAGUAACUUUCAGUGCUGCUCACAGAAGACUGUGCCAACAAGUAUGGGAAAGCCUCUCCAAGACUCCACUUGCCCUGGGCUGGCACUGUGCUGUAUGCACAUAGCUGUUGCCCUUGCCAGAACUGGCAAUAGGGUGCUAUGAAAUCUUGAAGAUAUUCCAGCCGCUGGCUGCUAGUAGCUAGUGCUAUGGCAUGGGACUUCAUUUCACAGAGAAUUAGAGGAACAGUUUUUGCUGGAUUAACAAAAUUUCAGAAGAAACUUACUAUUGAUUUAGUCUUCAGCUCUUCAGAUGUAUUCAUGUUGGUCUUAAAUAAGCUUCUCUGAAUGACUGCUAUUAAUUAGUUUGUUCCUUCUAUGGGCUUUGUUGCUUCAUCAUACCCCGUCUUCUUGGAGCAGCUGACUCAGUGUGGAGUUAAUUCUUCAGUUUACCCAAAUGUGGAGUUGUUUUUCAGCUAUUGAGACCUUUCAACUUCUUUUUCUACAACGUUUCCUUUUAAUAAGAUGUUGUAAUAAAUGCUAUUGCUACCAGUAAACCAGAGUAUUCCUCACUACCAGAGGACUUGCAGAACUGGCAGCUGAGCAAGCAUGGCAGUUUUGUUAGAAGGAAAGUGAUCUUAGUGAAAAGAGGAUAUAAGAAGGGCAAGGCCAGGAAAGCUGUAACUGUAUGUAUGCUUGCACAAUGCUGAGGAUUUUUAAAUAAAGAGAAGUCAGAAGAAGCUCUGGAUAGACAUGCAGAUACCUUCACACUGAAGCUAUCAGCACUGCUGCUGCUUCUUGACAUGGAUUACGUAAAACCUUGCUGUAAGCACCGAUACUGUGAGAAAUUUCAUUUCACUUUUUCAUUUCCCUCCUUAUUCUAGGCCUGAUACCCAUCUUUCUUCCUCUUUGUUAUUUUCAGUUUUGCAGGCUUACGAUAAGCAUCCCUUGCCAGUCUUGCAAUUGCUUUUGACAUCCCUUCCAUCCCCUCUGACUCUUCAUUCAUAGGCCAGGGCUGCCCUCUGUCUUUUCUUUGCCUUUGCAAUGGAUGGGUGAGCACUUUGCUUUCUGGUUCUUUUUAGUUCCUGAUAGAUUUCUGUUCGCUUCACUGGACUGAAGCUGCUGUCCCCAAAGAGGCUAUCUGAAUUUCCUUUACAACAUCAUUGGCAGUCUCUUGAGUAAACCAUUCAUUUUCCUUUCCACUUCAGGAAGAAGUCCAUUCUAUUCCCAGACAAGAAGCUCUUCCCCAGUUGUGCCUGUUCCCUUGUCUCUCCAUACCAGCCCCCUACUUUGCCCAGACUCGGCAGCACAAAAGACAGAGUGCCUGUUUCCCUGAAGUUAACCCCAAGCUGACUCCUCACUGCAGGCAGAUAGUUUGCUGAAGAUGAUGCUGGACAGAGCAGCUUCUUGCUGUCUCAGCUAUGGAAGGCCACCUUUGUGCUAACUUGAAGACUUCUGUGGAACAACCUCUGGCAGCAAGUCCUCCAUCCUGCAUUGCUUUGCUGAAGGUAUACCGAGAGCUUCUGGUCAGUAAGAUCCGACACACCCAGUGUUUGAUUGACAACUUGAUUAACAAUGAGUACUUCUCCACUGAAGAUGCAGAGAUUGUUGUCCAGUUUCCAACUCAAGCAGAUAAGGUUCGCAAAAUUCUAGAUUUGGUUCAAAGCAAGGGAGAGGAAGUUUCAGAAUAUUUCAUCUGUGUCCUGCAGAAAGUCACUGAUGCUUACUAUGAACUUCAGCCUUGGCUGGAUGAAAUAGGUUACCAGCCUUCAGAGAGUAUCUGUAGUAAACCUGUCGUAAAUACAGAUCCAGUUAGCAGGUAUUGCCAAAAACUCAGAUAUGAACUGGGACGAGACUCCAAAUUCGUUAUGUCGUAUGCGCAGAGGGAGGAGAUGCUGCUUGAAGAAAUCUACUCUAACAGUAUUAUGGAGAUGGUCAAUUUCACCAAUGAGAACCUGGGUGAAGUGUGUCAAUUACAAGCCCUUUUUGAUGAUGCAGUUGGGGUAAUAAAUGAAGAUGGAGAGACUAUUUAUGUCUUUGGUGAUGCAGGAAUUGGAAAAUCUAUUUUGCUGCAAAAGAUACAAAGUCUUUGGGCCAAAAAGCAGUUGGAUAUAGGGGCUAAGUUUUUCUUUCAUUUCCGAUGUAGAAUGUUUAGUUGCUUUAAGGAAGAUGAAGCUGUGUGUUUGAAAGACUUACUCUUCAGAUAUAAUUGCUACCCAGAUCAGGACCCUACAGAGGUGUUCCAUCACAUCUUGCAGUUCCCUCAUACGGUUCUUUUCACAUUUGAUGGCUUUGAUGAGAUCUAUUCCAACUUUGAUCUCAGUAGUGUUCCUGAGAUGUGUUCACCCAAUGAACCCAUCCACCCUCUGGUGCUGCUGGUAAGCCUUCUCAGAGGAAAGCUUCUUAAGGGAUCCAAGAAAAUUCUUACGGCACGGACAGGAACUGAAAUCCAAAGAAAUAUCGUUAGAAAGAAAGUGCUGCUUCGUGGUUUCUCCAGCACUAACCUGAAGGAAUAUACUGCCAUGUUUUUUAAAGAUGUGGGGCAGCGAACGCUGAUACUGAACCAGCUGGAAGCUAACCCCAACCUCCGUAGUUUGUGCUCAGUGCCUUUAUUUUGUUGGAUUAUCUUUAAAUGUUAUGAACAUUUCCAUUCCAUGUUUGACAGCCAUGAGCUUCCAGACUGUUCUGUUACAUUGACAGAUGUAUUUUUGCUCAUGAUUGAAGUCCAUCUAAACCGGUCUCUUAAAACAAGUUUGCUGAGGAACAACACCAGGAGCCAAGCAGAGGUGUUCAAAUCAAGAAAGGAAACUCUUCUAGCUUUGGGUAAAAUUGCAUACAAAGGGAUGAGGAACUCUAUCUUUAUCUUUGAGCAAGAGGAGGUCUCAUCAGCGAACAUCUCUGAAGAAGAUUUGCAGUUGGGUUUUCUCAGGACAGUUAAAGGUUAUAGUGGCUGUAAUGAUCAAUCCACUUAUGAGUUCUUGCACUUAACCCUUCAGUCUUUUUUCACCGCUUUGUUCCUAGUUAUGGAAGAGAGAGUGGGGAGUAAGGAGAUACUUCAGUUUUUCAAUGAAUGCUCUUCUGCUGAGACUGCCCAACAUACUUGCUUCCAUGUUCCUUGGCUGAAGAAACCACUCACAGGGGAGGAUCCUUUCCGAAACAAUGAACACUUCCAUUUUACCAACCUUUUUCUUUGUGGCCUGCUUUCCAGAUCCAAGGAGAAGCUCUUCAAACAUUUAGUUUUGCCUGCAGUCAUUAGAAAGAAGAGAAAGACACUCAUCACAUACCUUGGAGAGAGCAUGAAAUCCCAUCUGAAGGGUGUCACUCGGUCCAGGCUUCUAAAGUACAAUCAGGUGCAGGUUCAGCCAAACUUUGUUUGGAUGCUGAGGUGUCUUUAUGAGACUCAAAAUGAGAAAGUGGGAAAGCUGGCUGCAAAACGCAUGCAUGCCAAUUACAUCAAGCUUACAUACUGCAAUGCCUACUCUGCUGACUGCAGUGCUAUUUCCUUUGUCGUGCAUCACUUUCAAAAACGCUUGGCUCUGGAUUUGGACAACAACAACAUCAAUGACUAUGGAGUGAAACAGCUGCUACCAUGUUUCAGCAAGCUUGCAGUGAUCAGGCUUAGUGUAAAUCAGAUCACAGAUCAUGGAGCCAGGAUAUUGUAUGAAGAACUCUCCAAGUACCAAAUUGUGUCUUACUUGGGCUUGUACAACAAUCAGCUCACUGACAUUGGAGCCAAAUAUGUUGCAAAACUUAUUGAAGAGUGUUCAAGCCUUGAAUAUGUUAAAAUAGGAGCAAACAAAAUAACUAGUGAAGGAGGGAAGUGCCUUGCCCAAGCCAUCCAGAAGAGCACAACGAUGUUUGAAAUUGGGAUGUGGGGCAAUCAGGUUGGAGAUGAAGGUGCAAAGGCAUUUGCAGAGGCCCUGAGGAACCAUCCGAGGUUGACAAACGUGAGUCUCGCAUUCAAUGGCAUCACAACAGAGGGGGGCAAAAGCAUUGCUGAAGCUUUGCAGCACAACAACUCCGUGAAAAUAUUCUGGCUGACAAAAAAUGAGCUGGAUGAUGAGGCAGCAAUGAGUUUUGCAGAGAUGCUGAAGAUCAACAAGAAACUGGUGCAUUUAUGGCUUAUCCAGAAUCAAAUUACAGCCAAAGGAGUGAAAUACCUCAGUGAAGCUCUCAAGGAGAACACAGCCAUUAAAGAAAUCUGUUUGAAUGGGAACCUGAUAAGUCAAGAAGAAGCCAAAGCUUUUGAAAGUGAAGAACGGAUCAUUUGCUUCUGAGCGACGACUUCCUCAUUUGGACAAGCUUUGUGUUACAGAAACUGCCACACUUGCACUGCAGCAUUACAGAGGCAGUGCUCGUCCCUAAUCCUUUUGGUGAGUGGGAAAUUGCCUUGGUAAAUAAUUAAUGUCUGUACAGUGCUUUGAAGAUGGAACACUAAGUGUUAACAGAAUGAAUCCAGGGGCAUGUGUGCGCAUUUUGAUAACUGAGCUCAGAUUUAUUCUAUAUACUGCUGUAAUUAAUCUCUAACUUAUUUAUCUACAUGAAUCUACGCACACACAUAUAUAUGCAGGAAGAGGUGUGAGAUGCACAGGCUCCACGAGCACACAGUACUACUUGCCUCGUAACUGAAAAUAAUAGUCUGGAUGGAAACAUAGACUGUCUCAAAAGACUGCAUGGUACCAAUGCUUUCAGCAUGAAUCCUUCCCUGCCUAGAAAUUAGACCCUCAUUUUCCCACUGACUUACAGCAGUUGUAGGCACUGCGUUUUUUUUGAGAAAUGGAUACAUGAGGCUCCAAUUACUUUCCAUAAUCUUUUUUCCAUAUUGAAGCCAAUACAUUUUCUUUUAUACAAGCAGAAAAACUCACUGCCAUUUCUGUAAAAUCAUAAUACAAGCAGUAAAACACUUCUGCCUAACAUUUCCUGAGGGCUGCACAAAAACUGCCACCCCCUGUUCUUACAGUGUUUGUUCUGGGGAGAGGGUCUGGAGAUGUAUGUGACAAAUUAAUGAGGGGGCUGCGCGCUGCCUUGGCUCGUGGCCUGGAUGUGGUGCUGGUGGCAAUACACCAGUGUUAAGUUGCCUGGCUUCACGGGGAGAAAGAACGACUGAAAACCAAUGGUGUCAGGUGGAAAUCUCUUCUCCCAGCAAUACAUGUACAGACAUUGCUUGGAAACCUUUUAUCUGACCCCUGAACUAUUGGGAAGCACAAGGCAAGGGGCAUAUAGGAAUAAUAAGACCAGCAAGAAAACAUUAUCCCCCUCCAAAAUAAUUGGUGCUCAGGGAGCGUAACUUUAGGAACCUCAAAAGAAAGCAGUUUAAAGAGAAGCAGGCUGUUUGGUUUUUCAGGGUUUUUUUUUUCCUGAUUCCCUUGAUAAAGGAAAUCUCAGAUUCUGCCCCUGAUGUGCAUGAAGAACCAAAAAAUAGAAAAACAUAGUCUAUCCUCUGUCCUUCUUUCAUGUUGUCACCCCCAAGAACUUUACAGACCAAUACUCCUGCUGCUGAUGUCCCCACAGAACACUGGUGGGCUAGAAAAAGAACCUUCCAUCACAGUGCCAAACCCCAUUUUCCUGCAAAGACAAACAAAAGGCCAAGUAGGUGAGUUUCUCCUUUUCCUGCCUGGAGGCAGCCCUCAGUUCUGCCUACACUCUCCAGCUCCCUAACAUAUAAGAUACUCACUGCUUUUCACAAAAAGAACAGUU